AUGGUCGCCGCUAAGAACCUCAGCCUCGCCGCCCUCCUGUGGGUUGGCCUCGCCAGCCGCGGGCUCGCCCUUGAGAUCGACCAGGGCACCAACGACCUCACCCUGGUCCAGAGAUCCGAGGCCGAGUCUCUCGAUGCCCGCGCCGUCGAGGAAGCCUCAAUCCUUGACACCCGCACCAUGAGCAUCCAGAUCGUGCCCAACCCCCCGUCUUCCCACGCCGGCAAGCGAGAGGCUGAGGAGGUCGAGGAGCGUGACAUCGAGGAGCUAGAGGAGCGUGACAUCGAGGAGCUAGAGGAGCGUGACGAGGAGGAGCUCGAGGAGCGAGAUGAGGAGGAACUUGAUGAGCGCGAUGUCGAUGAACUAGACGAGCGAGAUGAUGACGAACUCGAAGAACGUGACGUUGAAGAACUUGAGGAGCGGGAUGAGGAGGACCUCGACGAGCGGGAUCUCGAUGAACUUGACGAGCGCGAUUUCGAGGACGAGCUUGACGAGCGUGAUCUCGACGAUCUUUACGAGCGCGACUUUGAGGAGCUGGAGACUCGCGGAGCAAAGGGCGGCCACCGCCAUGGAACUGGCGUCCACGUCAACCGUCCAGAUCCUCGCGAUAUCUACGAGGAACUCGAUGAGCGUGACUUUGAUGAGCUUGAUGAGCGUGAUCUCCAUGAACUUUACGAGCGAUAUGUCGAGGAGGAGCUUGACGAGCGCGACUUCGAGGAGCUGGAGACUCGGGGAGCAAAGGGUGAACACCGCCAUGGCGCAGGCGUUCACGUUAACCGUCCCGGUCCUCGUUCCAUCGAGACCCGAGGCAAGCGUCGCCAUCGCAAGGCUGGUGUUCACGUUAACCGCCCUGAUGCUCGUGAUAUCUACGAAGAGCUGGAGACUCGGGGAGCAAAGAGCGGUCACCGCCAUGGCACAGGCGUCCACGUCAACCGUCCUGGCCCUCGCAUCGAGACCCGAAGCAAGCGUCGCCAUCGCAAGGCUGGUGUCCACGUUAACCGCCCUGAGUCUCGUUCUGUCGAAGACGAGGUUGAUCUCGAGACGCGCAUAAACCGAGCUGUCCCGCUGGACAAGGCGCCUAAGACCCCCUUUAGCAAGAAUAAGUACUGGUCCAUCAGCCGCGCCUGGAAGGACUUUACCAAGCUGCCCCAGAAGGCCUAG